AAACAAUGUCAAUCAUUAACACCACCACCCAGAUUCAUCAUAAUCGUCACCUCCAACUCGGUCUUGAUCUUAAAGAUUCGGAAAAUUUAUCAUUUUUAAAAGGAAAGUUUACGACUUUGAUUGGCUUCGAUGAAGGGUUUUGUCUGAAUCAUCAUUUGUGGUCUCUCUGUUUCCGUACUUGAACGAUUGAAAGAAGAAGGAAGAACAGAGAUGGGUUGUGCUGGAUCGACACAGUCUCAAGCAGAAGGGCCAGUGAAGAAAAUUAGGAAGCCAAAACCGUGGAAGCAUACUCAACCGAUCACAAAAGCUGAGCUUAUGAAACUGAGAGAAGAGUUUUGGGACACUGCUCCUCACUAUGGUGGUACCAAAGAGAUAUGGGAUGCACUUCGUGCUGCCGCUGAAGCUGACAUAUCUCUAGCGCAAGCAAUCGUGGACAGUGCAGGAGUCAUUGUUCAGAACAAUGAUCUCACUGUCUGCUAUGACGAAAGAGGUGCUAAGUAUGAGUUACCUAAGUAUGUUCUAAGCGAGCCUACCAACUUGGUGGAAGAAAAUUGAUCAAGGAUCAAUGCCAUUUCGAAGAGACAAAACAAAAUGUAAAUCUUGUGUGUAAGUAGUUACAUUAGGAUCCUCUGCUUUUGUCUAUUUAACACUUUGAAAAAAAGGUUCCCACUGUUCUCUCUCUGACCUUUACCUAAAGAGCUCAGAAUGUUACUGUAAUUCUAAAGACAACUGUUAUAUGUUUACAUUAAUGCUUUGACGAGGUA